UGUUAAAAUUUGACAGUGCAUUAAGUGCUGAAUGAAAGAUGACAAGGCACGUAUAGUUCGUGAUUAUGGAGUAUGACUCUGCAUCGAACUGUGAAGGUCGUCUGCGAGAUUUUGAAGCUUCAGAAGAUCUCCCACGUUUAAGAGAAAUACAAAAACUUGAACGUGCAACCUGUACUACAAAUUCUACACCAUGGCAAUCUCUGCAAGUUGUGGCACCGCAACCAAAGCUCAAACCGGGAACAACAAACAAAAGUCUUUCUUCUCAGGUGAUGGAAUAUUACCACAAGUAUUCUCAAAAUACAAAUUUGGAUCAAUAUUUUUCAUUACCAACCAGCAGUACAUCACCAGAAGCAAUUAAAUGUUAUUAUAGUAUAUAUGAAGUAAACCCUAAAGUAGAGGCUAACAGACAAGAUUGUAUAGGAGAAGAAUAUAAUUUACGAUCUUAUGUGCCUAGAGAAAGAAGAAGAUGGGUGAGACCACCUCUUAUCGGCCAGUCCUCGAAUACAGACUCAUCAUCGUCUAGAUAUGUCCAACCAUUGUCAAAUCCUGAAUCUCCAUCACCUGAUUUAAAACACGUUACACCAGAGACUAUUUUAGAAGAGAAAAAUGAAAGUCAAGAAAUACUAACAGAAUCUGUAGAGAGGAAAAUAUCAUCUCCAACCUCUAGUAUCGCUUCUCACAAACCACUUGAAUGGGAUAGUGGAGCAGAUGUUGGUUACUUUAAUACAACACCGAAUAGUAAACAAAAUGAUAAAAAGUUAAGUACAAUAGAACGUAUGGCUUUGGCUAGAGGUUGUUCCGUUGCUUUAAGAUUGGAUCCUGAAGGUACCACAGAGUCGGGAAUUUCUGGAAAACUUGUGGGAGUUCAGAAAAAUGCAGCUACUUCUAUAACUCCCGAUGCUAAUUCCACUGCAUUAUUGGGAAAUGCUUCAGGAUCUGAAAGCGAAAUUGAAAUUACCCCGAUUGUGAAAAAUCACUUACCGGGUAUAAUAGCAGGAAGCGGUAUAAAGUCUGCUGAAAGAUCUCUUCCUAGGGAUUUUAAGCAACAAGAUACUUUCAUGCAGUAUUCGAAGAAAGAGUACAAUAACGAUACUCCAAAAUCGACGUUCACGACUAAGGUACCUUUCGCAAAACCAUCGACCGAGAUAAAGAAAGUAUCGAGCAAGCAAAAUACGAAUAAAGAAAAUAUAUGCCCACCUACAUCGCCUUUGAAAAAAAGCACAUCAAUGAAUACGUUAUUUAUACCGCACUCUAAAUUAACGUUAAAGAGAAGUCAGAGCGAGUUGAAUUUGUAUACCAGAGACAAGAGCAGAGCCGCAUUGCCACUAAUUUUUAACUCUUCGUCCUCGAUUGCCACUAUUGUAAAUAAACCUUCCACUUGUGAUAAAGUUAUACAGACGAGUCUAUACGCUUAUACUCAAGAAUCCGUUGGCGUGCAAGUCUCGGUUCUCGAGGAAGAGAAGCCGCCGUUACCAAAGAGAGGAACUAGUUUGCAAAGGGGUUCGACAUUAACGUUAAAGAAUCCAAAGGGAACGUAUAAAGUUCAAAAUUCGAGGAAGCAGGAAACCAAUGACACGCGAGACGUUGGAGCGUGCGAAUGUAGGAAGGAGACGAAACCGCGACACAAUUAUUCUCAAUUAUCGCAAAAUGGAUCCGUCAGGCAAACGUCUCAGCCAGACGAUACAGAAAAUAUAACUGGAAGAGCAAACAGUUUUGAGUAUUUCCCUGGUCAUGUAUACGAGAACGUUCCUUGUGGAAGCGGUAGCCAUAUCUCGUCUUCGGAGACCGCGAGAUCCCAUUCUACUCUACCUAAUACCAGCUCCAGUAUUAACGAGAAAUUAUGGGGGGAUUCGGACAGCUUGGUGAGGGAUCUAGAACGAAGCGUAAAUAUUUUGAAAAGCCUUGUCGAUGCGAAUAAAUGCGACAAGGAAGUUAAGAAAAGACUGAUACAUCACGUAGUAAAGAGACUAAUCACUGCUAAAUACACGGAUGAUAAAAUCGAGCAUAAUUUAGAGGACAACGUUCCAUGGAAUCCGGAUGAUGCUAGGAGCAAUGUUUACGGUAGGGAAAUACUUCAGGCGUUGUCGAAACAGCGUAACACCAGCGAUUCUUCCCGCGAAUGGAAUUCGCAGAAGGAGAUACAAGGCAAAUGCGUAAGAAAUGGAAGAGACAUUAUGAAGGACAUUGCAUUGGAAAGCAGUAGCGAUAAAAUAGAUAAAAAUACGGACAGGACGGAAACUGACGGACGAAAAGCGAGAUUGGGCCUUAGAUCGGACGAUUGCCAUCGGAGCAGUAACACCAUAACGGACCCUGACAAAAGCGGCAGCUCCGAAUGUUUCUUUCCUCAAAGAAACCGCAAAGGUAACAAAGUACAAGACAUAUUUUGCGUGAAAGAGAGGUGUAAGAUCUCACAGAGAGACUCGACGAUGACGACAACUACGACGACGACAACGAUGACGACAACGACAAACAGCACACCACCCGAUCACAAUCGAAUGUUGCUGGAUGCAGUUGUUAAUAACAGAAGGGGAGUUAUUCGUUCCAGCAAUACAGAGGAGCACGACGAUUGGAGGAUGCUUACAACGUUUUCCGAGAGGCAGUUCGAGUUAAAAAAGAAUGGCAGUUCCGUCUCUGCAGACUCGAAACUGGUCAGUUACGCAGAAAUGGAGAAAAGAAAUCAAUUGAUUUGGAUUACAAACGAAAUCAGUCACCUGCGCAAUUUAAAGAAGCUGUUGGAAGAACCACGAAGACCAGAAAGACCGCGAACGUCUCCAAAAAAGUCGAGACCAGGAAACUUCAAACGGAAACCCAUGGGACCGUUGUCUCGGGUACAUGAGCUGUGUAACAAUGAUUAUUUGCAGAGGAAUGAAUCAGAGGCGCAAAUGAAUUCAAUAGAGGAGCCAUGGUCGUCCCACUGUAACUUGGCAACGUGUCAAGUUUCCAGCAGAUCUAAUAGCAUCGUUCAACGUAUUAAAAAGAGAAAUAGCUGCGCACAAACGGCAACGAACAUCACUGGUGCUCUUUCGAAGACUGGCGGUGAAAUCGUCUCUGCCUCGAACUUGCGUAAUUCCAGCAGCAAGUUAGUCAGCACCGGGGUGCAAACCAUCCCUCAGGAAACGUAUACGAUCCCAGCUUUGAUACAGUCAGAGAUCGUACAUUAUGUCAAGUGUCCAACGCAUAAUGCUAUGCAAGUUCAAAAUGGCUACAAAUGCAACGAGCAAGCCAGUCAGUGCUUGAAGUACCAUGCCAUUCAGAAUCUAGUUACCACUUGCAUGCAGUGUGCACAAGAACAGAAGGAUCAGUCGAACAACGUUCAGAAGGUGCACACGAAUAUAGAGAACUUUCGGGAGGAGAGCUCGGUUGACUCGCGAUCACCUUCGGAUCAGAUGAACAGUAUCAUCUCGUCCGAAGUGAUCCAUCAUUGCGCGAACAAGGAAGUCCAAACCAGUUCGCUGAAGCAAAAAGAAGCAAAGAAUCAAAUAAACGCAUCGAAAUCGAAGUUCUGCGAUUGCAAAGGUAGCUACGUUUGUCGAUGCACUAACGAUUGCAAGUGUGAAAAUAAGAAGACAUCGGUGAAAGGAUGUCAAUCGUGCACUUCGUCGGUAACGGCGGUAGAGAGCAACAGCGUCUCUAAAUGCGAGGAAUGCCAGAAGACGUUCCAAACACGCGAUAGAGGGGAGGAAAAAUUGAAAGAAUGUAACUGCACGACGGUGUGCGAAUGCGAUAACGAUCAGUCGAAGAAAGGACGGGCACCAAUGAAAUAUAGUUCAAAGUAUUAUCAGAAUAGUAACGGAUACGUAUCGAGCUUGAAUCAAAAUGGCUGCACCAAGUUGUGCGGAUGUCCGAACGAUUGUUUCUGCGAGAACAGUCGCGAACCGGAAGUUCAGAACGCAAAAGGAUUCUGCAGUUGCCAUGCAAAUGGGAAAACUCAAUACAACGAGGCUCGUUACACCCGCACGGAAGCGGAAGAUCGUUCGACUCAGCCGAGGCCUUACUGCGUGACUAAUGGACAAGCUAACGAAACUGCACAGUACAAAGUACAAAAUGCGAACUUAAAAUGCGAUUGCGAAAAAGAUAGUUAUUGUAAUAGCAGAGGGAAAAACGAGGAGGAAGUAUUACACGGCAGAGCCUGCAACAGCGGCAAACCAAAUUACGUGGACGAGGCAAACCAAACCAGUGAUUCUGAUAGAAAUUGUAAAUACUGUCGACAUUGCGGUAUUCCUUAUCAAAGCGUGAAGAAAUGUAGUUGUUAUCAAACGUACCCGAAAGCUAUCGCGUACGAAUUAUCAUUCGCGAAGGAGGAUGCUCAGAGAAACGAUAAUCUGGGUGCGUUUUUAAAAGUGCCAUUAUCAAAUCGUACUAUUAACGAAGGUAAAACGAAUGGCUGUGUUUGCAACAUGAUUAAAAAAGUUAGUUUGAAAAAGAAUUCUAUUCAAAAAAGUACUUUACAAGAUUAUUUGUCUAAGAAUAAAGCUGACUUCGUAAGUAAUGCAGAGACGCGUCGGCAAUACAUGUCGGAAAUAUCUCAUCUGCGACAAUUGCGAAAAGAAAAACGAAUACAGCUGUUGGCAAUGGCUAGUACGUCGAAUGUUAUAAAAUCGCCAAAAGCUUCUUCUAAACCAACAGUUUACACGCAGAGAAAAGUUAGCGACGAAGAAAUGAGGGAGAGACUACGAAAACGAUAUCUACGACUGAACGAAAUGCGACAAAAACGACGACAACAGGAGAAGCAAGAAGAGUCGCGACGUAACAAGCUAAUGGCCAAAAUCUUUUGUAAGAAAUUACAGCAGAAGGUACUGAGGGGCCAAGUAAAUUUAUCUCAAAGUGUUAGCGUUAUAUCCAAUAUGUAAUGUUAAAGAAAUGUUUGCGUGUGCUUAGAUUAUAUGUCAAUUAGUUGUCUGAUGAUCGAACAGACAAUAGAGGAACGUACAAAUUAUUUCGCCUUUCAGACUGAAGGGAUCGUUCAAGAUUUUUCUUUUCAAAAUCUUCUUUUCGGAUCUUACAUUUCCUUAUAAUGUUGCAUAAUACAUAACAAUAUCGUAUUAAUGUUUAUUUUGUA